UCUGCUUUGCGAUUUUCUUCAACUCAACAGGUCUGGCGUACAUGUUUGUGUAAAGCACUUCUUCCUUCCAUUCUGCCUCGGGGCGCAGCUGCGGAGACAUACAAUCGGCAACGAACGAAGCAGGCGAGCGCGCGGUAAUUGGCAGACCGAAUAGGCAAAUCGGAAGGCGUCAGUGAGAUGACUAUGCGACCGAGGAAGGCGGAUUGGUGGCAGGGAGAAAACCCGGGUGGAAACACCAAGGAAAGGGUGCAGAACGAUGUGCUCAAGGGAGGCUUUACCAAAUUCCUUGAAGAAGACGCCAAGGUCCAUGAACGAAGCGCCCUGCUUUCCUGGCUACAAGCCGCCGAGGUGGUGGAAGCGGUGAAAACGUCCAACACCACCGCACGCGUCACCUACCGCUUCACCGUCCAGCGCACCUAUCUGAACCCCGGAGGCACACUGCAAGGCGGCAUGGCGGCCUCCAUGUUUGAUACUGGCACCAGCAUCAUGCUGCAGAUGAUCCGGAGGAGGGAUUUUUGGUGGCAUUUUGGGACGACGAGGACCUUGAACGUCACGUAUCUCCGCCCGGCUGCAGAGGGCGAGGUGUUGCUGAUGGAAUGCGAGAUUGUGCAUGCCGGCAAGGCCAUGUGCCUGAUAACGGCGAAGCUCGUGCGCGAGUCCGACCGGGCGUUGAUAUGCACGUGCGAGCACCAGAAGUUUAACAUUGAUCCGGUGCCAGCCAAGAUGUGAGGUUUGCAUGAAGACAA